UAUUAUGAAUCGUAAUAUAAAUCCCCAGGAAAUCGAUGGUUUACGAGCUGUGCUGGAAGUAUUACGUGCUGUAGCGUCCCAUGAUGAGGUAGCGCGGAUUGCAAUUUGUGAACAUCCUAAUUGGAAUCCUCUUUACACAUUAAUUGGACUCCUCAGCUGCUCAGUUCCUAUUUACUUAAAGUCUGAUAUACUUACGACUUUAACGGCUUUGGCAAAAUCGAAGGAGACAGCAAUGCCACUUUGGAACAAUUUGGAGGCUUCUCAAAUUAUAAAAACUCUUCCCUCCAAUAUAACCUACGAAACCUGCAAUUUGGAGAUGGAAAUCGAGCAAAAUGAAUGCCGACUUGAGCAGUAUCCCCUUACUUGUGGAAUACUUGAUUUAUUGUAUGCACUAGUGACUACGGCUAUACCGAAAAAUUUAGGAGGUGGACCACGAAAACCCGGACUCGAUCCAUAUUUGAAAUUCAUAAUUAACGGAAUAUUUUUAAAAUUCUAUAAUAGGACAUACAAAGAUCCGUCUGAGAAGUGGAGAGUAGGAGGGAAAUGCUUGAAACUUUUACAUUAUCUGCUAGAGAUUUACGAAGUAAACCCAAAGGAUUUUGAAGAAAAUAUGGAUGUUAAUUCACCUCCAGGAUUUCACAUUAUGCUUAAUUUGCAAACUAAAUCAGAUACGCUAAGACUAAUUCUUCAUAUCAUUGACGAUGCCCGUGUUGAAAUAGAUGAUCUAAAAAAAUUUAAAGGAAAAGAUGCAUUGGAAGAAUGUGCGUUACUAUGUCUACAAAUCUUGAAACUGGGUUUGAAAAAUCAGGAUAUCUUCUUUGAAGCCCAUUCAAUUUCCAAUAGCGCUGUCCUGCUUUCCGGAUUGAACAAAAUAUUGCUGGAUAUUAAUCCUCGUAGCCGGAAACCGGAUCACGUACUGAAUACAACGUUUUUCUUGACAUAUUUUAAUUGGUUGCCGCACCAUGCUCUUGAAGCCGUCAAAAUCUUACAUAUGGUAUCAAGCCAACCAGGAGUUAACUCACAAAUAGUUGGAAUUUUUACACAAAAUGAGGAUAUUAAGACUAUCUUAAGACACGGUUUUGUGGAGAGCUUGGAAAACGAUUUUGCACAAAGACCGACAAAAAUAGAGACGGAUGAUAAUUUUACAUGUGUUGAUGGUGUGGAAUCAACAAAAGUGCAUUUGCAGAUCAAAGAAGCUAUUAUUAUGCUAAUACAAGAUUGUUUGCGUCAACCAACCCCAAAUCUUGCACAGUUUCUACUUGGAUUUGAUCAUCUAAAAGACAUACAUAUCUCAAAUAAAAACAGAAUGGGCUCAUUAGAUGUUGGAAACAAUUGCACAAAAUCAUUGGUUUAUUUACUAGAAAAACAUUUGCAAGUGAAAAAAAAUUCCUAUGCCGUGGGAGCGGACGUGGAGAGAAUUGUUGAACGUUCUUUCAGCUUGUUAUAUUCUUUGUGUGAAAAUCCUAGAACAUCUGAUCAAAUUUUGCGAUACUUACGGACAAAGCAGGACUUUCUUUGUCGUUAUUUAAGCGAACUACCUGUACAGGAAAUAACAAGCUCUCAUGUUAUAAAUCAGAUUAGUUUCUUGUUAAAGUGUACUGCAAUAGAACUAAAAUUGACUGCAUCAAAUUGCCAGUUGAGUAGAUUUCAACAUAUUACGGAUUUUUUCUUGGGUAUGCCGUCGAAAAACAACCAAGAUCCAACAUCAGUGGAGCUUAGCCAUUUCUAUACCAACAAUUACAAUACAAUUAUUGAUACAACAACGAAUACGUCGUCGAUUGCGAGAAAUAACUUAUUAUGUGAACUUAUUAAAACUGUUGAUUUGGAAGUGGAUCAUGUUCCAGUUCCAACAUGGAACUUUUUUGAUAGAUCUUUAUUGGAUCAGAUAUUUAAAGAAUGCGAAUAUAAAACGAACGAUGGAUAUAAAGUAAUUGAUCUGCGUAAAAUUCAUUUGACAUUGCACAGUGAAUUGAAAAUAGUCCAAAGCACAAUCGCAAGUGGGCAGCGAAGGUUAGUGUUACAAGAAAUCGAGUCUGUAAUGAUGUAUGCCCUUAAAGUAAAUGAACAGCGAUGCAAACGACAUGCCAUCAUUAAGUUCGUAGAGGCUUGGAGUCAGUUAUCUGAAAUACUGUUUAGCUGUGUGCCAAGUUCAUGUUUGUCUACAUCAAAGAAACAGGAAUUAAUCAUUGAAUUAUUACAAAAAAUCCUCCUCAAAAUUAGUCCAAAUCAAGCGAUUUUGGAAAUAUCAGCUAUUAUAUCGGAAACAAUAUUGAUACUACUUGUCAACUUACGGAACUGUUUUUCAAACGCUUUGGUAUUGGGCAAUUCAUCUCUGAUUUUAGACUACGAACGCAAUGAACAAAAUACAACGGUCGUAGAGAACUGUCAACUGUCGAAAUCCAAUGCAUUAAAUAUUAAAUUCAUUUUGAAAUAUUUAUUGGAGUGGAUAAUUGUAAGCGGUGUUGUUUCCCAAAAAUUAAGAAUUAAUUUGUAUGCUUCUUUAUUAAACUGCCUUAGCAUUGUACAAGGCCAGAGUGCAAAGAAGGGCGUUGCAUACACAAACGACAGCAUGGUUACACGAUUGGAUAAAUCUAAAGUCAACGGUGUUGAAUAUUCAGACGUUACACAUAUAAGAAUGUCUUUGGAAGUGCUUUUAUCGUUUGGUGAAAAAUUGAUGGAGACAAUUUGUCACGAUUGUAUUGCUGGUCACGAUAUAUGUAAAAUGACAGCCCUAGCUUGCAUUGAUGUUCUACUAGACAUAGAUUCAAUGUCUCACUUAAUGAACUUUGUAGCACACCAUGGAUAUUUAUCCCACAUCAUAGAGAGCAUUGCGAAAAGUGACAAUCAACUCUGCAGCACCUUGGCAAAUGUUCCUGAAAACAUGAAAUACCUUUAUGUGUAUGAAUCAAAGAUGUCAAUGCUGAUACGAUUUGCAAAUACCCAUAUUGGCGCAGAACUUUUACUCUCUAAUAAAAUUUUAGAGAUCUUAUCAGGAAUGAAAGUAUUUGACAUGCACCCUGAUUUAAAAAGAAAGGAGUUGUGGCAACAAAACCAAACAAGAGAUUUUGUUCCCGCAUUUGAUUACCGCUUCCGACAAAUCCUAUUUCCAGCCUUAAAUUUAUGUGAUUGUUUGGUGUCGACAUUAGGCACUGAAAACUAUUCCGUCAUAUCACAAGUAAUGCAUUUCUUAUUCUCUCAUUGGGACAUGAUCGAAAUAAUACUUAGAUCUAGUUCUCCUUUUUCGGAUCUCGGAUUGUUAGAAGAAUUAUCUCUUAUUACUGGAGUAAUUGCUCGAACAUUUAAUCAGGAAACCUUGUCAUUGAUUAAUAUGGAUGCAACCGGAGAUAUUGGCAUUAAUUUAUAUCGAGUUCAAAAACUAAUGUUAUCCAUAUAUUUGCGUUUUAUAGUAAGUGAUGAAAACUUCAAAGAAAUGCUUAAACCCGAAAACGCUUUAUAUGACCAAUCUGAUGAAAAUCAAUCACUUCAUAUAAAAUAUUUCUUGGAAAUUGCUGCAAAUUUAACUUUAUUUUGUCGAAACAUAAUUACAAACAAUUCUGCUGAUCAUAGAACGAAUGGACUAUUAUUUUCACCACAUAUGAACGAGACGGUACACAGUAACGGUGCUCGACAAAUGGUGCGCGAUGCAUUGAAGAGAUUUUCUCAAUUCAAUGCAGCUAGGCCAGAUAACGUUUUCCCAGCUUUACUACAAAAGGAGGCGGCAGGAAACCAGCGUAAUCUUUACUAG